AAGCUCCGGGCUGACGUCUUGCGUUCGCUUUCUCCGUCAAACAAAGUGUGGCUUGACGACGGAAGAGCAGCCCACAAACGUCCAAGGAGGUCAUUUGGACUCUGCGGAGGAGAAACGACAUGACGCCUCGGCGGUCCUAUGGGGCCGUGAACAGCAGAUGGACUUCCUUUCUGUGAUGGCUCUCCAGAAUCCCCACUGUCCUGUGUAGCAUCCACCUUUGUGGAGGCUGUGGGCUUCACACGACCAGGACCACCCUGUAACAACUGAAGGAGCUCGGAACCAUUGCCGUGGAAUUGUUGCUUGUCAUCCUUCGCAGGUGUAACCGAUCUCCUCGACUGCUCUGGGGCGCGUUUGGAGUCCGAGGUCUCUGCUGCGCUGGGUCCAAACACCGGAGACUCGAAGUGAAGGCCAGGACGAGCUUUAAGCUCCCCAGAGGAAUGCGGCGGAUGAACCACAUUAUCAGCAGGCUGGAAAGUCGGAGCAUUUGGAAAAGGAUACGGCACUGGCGGAUGGAACGGGAAGAGGAGCAAACGAGCGUAGAAAUCAGUGGUCCGACGGAGUCAAGAAUGGAUCCGGAGGGAAAAGUGGGUCUUGGUGCCGCUGGAAGUGAGGUGACCACCCACCAAAUCUUAUUGCUGGGACGUAGAGUGGUCGUGGAGGAGGACCUUCUCCUCCUCCUCCAGGUCCUCCAGAAGGAGCAAAGCUGUGGCAGGGACGGUGAGCUGCGACUGCUGGGUCCUGUAGCUGCUACUGCUCCUCAGCUGCUCGUCGCCCCCACCGCUCUUGAGAAAAUGGAGCAGCAAAUCGCCGCUGGGAGACGACACAUCCACGCCCAGUUCAUCCUCGGCCUGAGUAGUGGCAGUCAAGGCGGACAAGCUACUUGUGGCGGAUUCCACGUCAUGGCUGACUUCCAGCUCUCUGUGAGAGAAUCACUGCCCGCUACAUGACUGAUCGCCCCAGAAACCCCGAAACUCUAGAAUGCGCCCCGGCUUUCUAGCCGCCCCGGCCGCGGAGACGAGAGGAAUCGACGCGAUCGCCUGCAAAGCCUCAGCGUUCAGCUCAAUUUCCUAGAGAUCAUAAUCUCUAGGAAAUCGGCUACUCCGGCUCUAGGCCAGCGAAAUCGCGGCGCAGCGCCGGCGCUGGCGCUGCUGCAGCUUCUCGAGGCGAUCCUAG